AUGAAGCAAGCAGCAGAGAGCAUGAAGGCUGAUAAAGCCAAGAGCGAAGUCAGGAAGAAGACCGCCAAGGAGAAAUCUCCUGAAGAACAAGGCGGAAAUGAAGAGGUUGACAAAGAGAAAACCGAAUAUGAGAAAACGAGGGAUGCCACUCGUGAGAUCCGUUGUGAGAGCGGUCUCAAGGCCAGAAAUGACCCAGCAGCCCCCUCGGACACUGAAGAAAGUCAGGAUUUACCAGCGCCAGUCCUACCGAAGAAAAUCACCAUGACUCGCAAGGCGUCAGAGAUUGCUGAAGUGAAGAAGACAGCCAAGGAGUUUGGUUUGGGAAUCAAAUUCCUGCUGGCAGAAGUCCCUCCACUUCAUCGUCUGUGGCAGCAGAAGAAGAAAGCUAUUGACACCCCUGUGCCAGAUACAUCCAAUGUCAAGCUUACUUCACUUCUUGAGAAACAGGAACAAGCUGCUUCAUCACCAACAAUACUGUCUGAGCAAACCGCCCAGCAGGAAGAAGAAGGAGAUGAGGUGUUGGGGCAGAACAAGGAAGAGCUCGCUCGUCCUGAAGAACCCCCCACCACCAGCUCGUUGCCUCGGACAGAGUCUGUGGAUGUCUCUGCUGAAGAAGGAAGAACCUGUGACUUCGAAGCUGAAGCCACCCGUGACCUCAACGUCAACGAUGAAGAGACAGACGCAGAUGCCCCAGUGCCAACGCCGCAAGCCCGUGUGAAGAAAGUUGUGAUGAAGAAUGUCGCACCGUCCGAACCGUCCGACCCAAGCUCCUCAAGUGAUGACGAGGAAGAAGAGAAGAAGGAAGAAGAAAAGGAAAAGGAAGCCGCGCAAGAGUCUGAUGAUCUGAUGGAGAUUGACCGUCUGUCGGAGGAUCUGUUGAAGAUUGCGCCCAAGAAGAAGCGAUCUGGAGUGGCAAAUGAUCGUGAGGACAGGAGACUCUCUCGGAUGCUUGUGAGAUCUCAAGCAAUGUUUGAGGACAACCGUGAGUUACUAUCUCCGAUGCCCAAAAUGCCAGUCUCCUCUGACCGAGAGAAAGUAUACUUCAAGGGCCUGAAGAACGCAGAGCUUUGCCUUGUGAGGCUGAACAAUGGGCUGAAGUAUUAG